UCGCAGAAAUUUAAUAGUAUAUAAAAUUUACAUAUAUAAAUUAAAAAAAAAACAUUAAGAAAAAAAAUCUACAAAAUGGGUCGGUCUAGUUCGAAAUUACUGGAAGCGCCCAGUAAUCCCUUAGAAGAGCUACAAUUUGAGGAGCGUAAAAGAGAGCAACGGAAACGUAAACAGGAGAAGCAAUUGAAACAAAUUGCCAAAUUGCAAAAGAAACAAGCAAAAAGGCAAAAUAAAGCUAAAGGAAAAGAAAAAGGUGGAAAAAAUGUUGCUAUUGGUUGUGUUGGCAAAAGCGCCGAAAAGCAGACUUCAAUCACCAAUACAAAGCAUGCAAGCGGCAGUGCAACAAAGCGCACAAACAGCCUAAAUUCACAAAGCACCAGUUAUGAGAUAAACAAGGAGGAGUUCAAUCGUCAAAUCGAGCAACAAAUACAAAAUCAACUGGAUAGUGAUCUCUGCGCAUUCGUACUGAAUCAAGUGUCGUUGACGUUGCAGUUCUUUGGAAACUACGAAAAUGAAUUAGCAAAUAUUUCCGAGGAAUUGCUAGCCAAAGAGAAUGAGUUGAAUCAGAAUCUUGAGGAGCAUUCCAUACUCUUACCAACACCAUUAGAUGCCGCUAUCUCCAAAUGGAUCCAAUAUAAGCCUGUCCAUGGACCUGAUAAACACCAUCCCCAACCACUCCAGUCACUGGCAAUGUAUGUGAUAUUCGAAAAUAUCGAUAUAGCUCGUCCGAAUGAUGCGAAUUACGAUUCGAUAUCACCGUUAUGCAAAGUGGAUCUGGAUACAGAAUUCUAUCACACCACGCCGUGCAAAGAGGAGUAUGCGGAAAUGUUGCGCGAGACAAAAUGGAAGGGUUAUGUGCGUUUGAAAUUACGCGAAGAACCGAAAGUUCAAAGAAACGGCGUAAACGAAGCCGAGCUAUACACCGACGUUAGCUCGGGUUACAGCACGACGAGCAAUUACAGUUUAAAAUCGCCAAGUACAGCCAGCUGCUAUCGAACUGAGUCGGAUUAUGAUUACGCCUACAUAGCACAUUUGAAUACACAUCAUCCACUAUCCGAGCUGAGGAUGCAGAGCGUAAGCGGUCAGUAUAAUUUGAAUGCCAAAGUCUUGCCGGACUCAUGUGUGGCGAGUUUGGCGCAAUUCGUUGAGCCACUUAAUGAUGAUGAUGAAGAUGAUGAGACCGAGGAUGAAGAUGAGGAAGAAAAUGAUGAGAAUACCGGGUCGGACACAGCAGAUGAAGACAGCGGCGUUGAAGGUUACAGUGAAAGUAGAAUUAAAGUGAAAUCGCGCUAUCGAGAUUACGAGACCGUCGAGGCAAUACGCCUGUACAAGAUUGAGCAGGAGCGACGAAAAAUCAUGCUGCAGCAAUGUUAUCUCAACUCACGCGAUUUUAUGCGCUACUUUGGCGAGCUGGUACGCCAACAGCUUGCAGAACGCUUACAAAUACAACCUGAAGAGUUGGACGAGGGCACAUAUCGUGGCUCGUCGAUCUACACAAAAUACUAUGAACUCAUACCCGCUAUUUAUGUGGCCCAUAAUGCUCAACACUGGCCUGACUGUGCAUUUCAAUUUAGAAUACGCGAGCGUCCGAUCGCUACAAAUCCGCUGACGGGACAAAAAUUUCAAUGGCCUACACGUGCCAUGAUUAGACGUAUCGAAUCGUUUGGUUUUCAUGUCAUCCCCGUCGGCUAUGCGCCCAAGCGACAACGUAAUCCCUUUCGUGAACUCGAAUGGCGUAUUGUUUUUCCAAAAGCCGAACGCUACUUGGAACAACACCUAACGCACACACAAGUCAAAGUGUUCAUGAUGACCAAAGCUUUGGUGAAGACUUUUGUAGAACCCCAAGAGCGUAAUAAAGCGCUCACAUUCACAAUAGAUCAUUUGCGCAUGCAUUUAUUUUGGGAAUGUGAGCGCAACUUCACUGCUUGGCCCGAAGAGUACCUGGGCGAGGUGCUGCUGCGUUUUAUAAGCACAUUUAUGCAACGUUUGCGUGAGAAGUGUUUGAGAGAUUUCUUCAUCGAAGAACGCAAUCUCUUCGAGAGUAUACCCGAGUACUCCUUGGUCACAUUAUUCUCAAUUUUGGCAGACAUCGUUGCGAAUCCGCUGAUGCAUCUCAUGGUGGCACUCAAAAAUUUGGACUUCGCAGAGGAUUUUUUUCCGAAAUUGAAUUACAAAAAUAUAUUUGAGAAUCUCUCUGAGAAUAAUAUGCUGAGGUUGAAAAUGAAAGCAAAAAAUUCGCGCAGUCUUGUGGGCUUGGAAACGCUGGAUGAUGCGCCGGCGCUGAUGCAAGAUGAUGGUGCAAAGGGUUUGGUAGGCAUGAAGCAACAUCGUGAGAAGACUAAUGGGAAAUUGAGACGCAAGACCCAUGUGAUGCGGCACAAAAUCGAAAUGAAGAAGAAGUUGGACUAUGAACGGCGACGGCUUUCUGUGGAGUCCAUAGAUGUAGAGUUCUUUUUCCGACGUAAUCUCAAAAACUCUCAACUCAAGCAACUAAAUCAGGGUGUUGAAAACUUGAGACGUACAAAUAUACUCGAAACAUUCAUAGAUCAUCUUAUAGCAAUGACUGAGAAAGCCAUCAACUUUCGUGUCUUAUAUUUGGCAAAAUCCUUCUUGGUACAAGCGAGACGCCUCUGUAAAUUCUACAAUAACUAUGGCUGUGAUAUGGGUGCGAAAGAGUAUCUCAGCACAAUCGAUAGCAUGGAGGAGGAGAUCUCUGGCCUGCAGACAAACGAUGAAUUUACGCAUUUACCACCCACGCUACCGAUACGUACAAGCGUGGAGACCGGCAUGAAAGCGAAAGUUAGAAAAGAAGUAUUCGAGCACUUAGAGAGCGUGCGUCGAGCAGUCAGAGUAAGUGUGGAGACAACGUGCAGUGAACAAGAGAAGUGUAAAGGUAAAGAAUUUGACAAUCCAUUGUCUAAAAGCGACGAAGAAUAUGUGCUUGAAAGAAGGCAAGAAUUAUACGAUAAUCUAACACCCAGCAUGGAACCACAUAAGUCAAUUAAAUUCAUUGAACAAGUUGCCGAAGCGCACCAGGGCGAUACAAAUCCGCUAUCCAAGCUGGAAAGUCAAAGCUUGGUAGGAACUUUACGUUUCAACGAUGAAGUAACAGAGAUUUGUGAUGCAGAAGAAGUCUAUGAGAACUAUGAAAUGCCGAAUGAAUAUCACACCAAUAAUGCAACAACAAAACAUAGCAACGAAAGUGGUAUAACAGACGAGAAGGAUGACAGAGCUCGUUUGGUACAGACAAAAGCAGUUGUUAGCUCUGCAGGUAAUGAAACCAAAAUGCCUGAAGAGCUUGAGGGUCGCGUUGGAUUUGCGAAAAAAGCUAACAUGUUGCGCAGCCUACCACUCGGCAAUUCGCAACUACUGAAGGAUAUUACAUCAUCAACGGAAAAACUACUCGUUAGAAUGGCUUCGGAAGAGAUGCGCGCGCAGCUGAAGGAAACAAUCAAACAGAAAACACUUCAACUAAAGGGCGCAUUUAAUCAAAGCUCGGAGACGUGACAUUUUAAUGAAAAGAUAUUUUUUGUAAUUAUAUUUUUGUAUAUUUAUGUGUAUCUAGAGAGUGAAGCCAAAUAAAAUCAUAUUGAUAAGUUAACCCACUUCUCCUGAAGUUUUCGCGUA